GCGACAUUCCGCGUUGGCCGCCCGCUGCUCGAAAGUAGAGAGCAGCAUCUUAGAAUCUCUCGUUGGCCGAUUGAGAGUGUUGACGACUGUUCUUUUGUGCUUUUCCGCAGUUCGACGUCCGUCGUACAACAGCUAUGGCCUCCCCAAUUCCUAAGGGCCUCCGCCAGGUCCUCCAAAAGUCUCCCUCGGACAUUGUUAUCCUGUCCUCUCUCCGCACUCCCAUCACUCGUGCUAAGAAAGGCGGUUUCAAAGACGCCUACCCCGAAGAGCUGCUUGCUCACGUUCUCCGUGCUACCCUUGCCGCAAACCCCAACCUCGACCCGGCUCUUAUUGAAGAUGUGGCAAUUGGUUCCGUGCUUCAGGAGCUUGGUGGUGCCAAAGCCGGCCGUAUGGCUCAGAUCCACGCCGGAUUUCCUCACACAGUUCCCUUCCACACUAUAAACAGACAGUGCUCAUCUGGUCUGGCGGCCAUUACUGGAAUUGCCCAUGGUAUUCGUGCUGGCGCUAUCAAUGUUGGUGUCGGUGGUGGUAUGGAGUCCAUGACGAGAAACUACGGAUCCCGUGCCAUUCCCACGGUUCUGUGGCCUGAGCUGAAGGGCUCACCAUCUAAGGAUGCCAGAGACUGCAUCAUGCCCAUGGGAAUCACGUCUGAAAACGUUGCUAGCCGUUACGGCAUCUCGAGAGCUGAUCAGGAUGUCUUCGCUGCUGCCUCCCACCAGAAGGCCGCUGCUGCACAGGCUGCCGGUCUGUUUGAUGCUGAGAUUGUGCCUGUAAAGACGCUGUCCUUCUCUGCUGAGCACCCUGAUGCUGCCCCGCAGGAGAUCACGGUCACUAAGGACGACGGUAUCCGUCCCACUGUCUCUGUUGAGAAGAUGGCUUCCCUGAAGCCUGCCUUCUCCGAGACUGGCUCUAGUACCGCAGGAAACAGCUCUCAGGUCAGUGACGGUGCUGCUGCUACGCUGUUGAUGCGCCGUUCCACUGCCACCGAGCUUGGUCUUUCUUCCUCCAUCAAGGGCCGCUGGGUCGCCAGCACUGUCGCCGGAUGCGCUCCCGACGAGAUGGGUGUUGGACCUGCCGUUGCUAUCCCCAAGCUGCUUGAUCUCGUCGGCAUGGACGUGUCUGACGUUGGAAUCUGGGAGAUCAACGAGGCAUUUGCCUCGCAGGCCCUCUACUGCGUCCGCAAGCUGGGCAUUGAUGAGGCCAAGGUCAACCCCAAGGGUGGUGCUAUCGCCCUGGGACAUCCCCUCGGUGCCACUGGCGCCAGACAGGUUGCUACCCUGCUCCCUGAGCUGGAGAGGACUGGCCAGGAGGUCGGUGUUGUGAGCAUGUGCAUUGGAACUGGUAUGGGUAUGGCCGGCAUGUUCGUCAGAGAGUAAAAAGCAAAAAGAAUAUGCCAUGUGCAUGUACAUCAUUGUUACUUCUUUUUGCGGGUCAUGAUUCUUUGUUUUGAGCAUAUCGUUACCAUUUUUGAUGAGAGCCUGUAUAUCCCUGAGAAUUUUGCAUAACUACUACUUGGUAAGAGCCGGGUCUAGUAACUUAGACGUGAAUGGGCGCAUAUUUGCUCGUCUUCAUAAAGUUCAAUCUCCUCAAAAUAAUCCACGAGAACCAGACCUCUAGAAUUUUGGAUGAUGAAGAAUGUCGUUCUAUGCGUAUAAUACCCAGCACUGCUAAUUUUCUCGAUGACAUCUAACGUUACUAUGGCUGGAUAAAGCAGUUGGGGCGACACUGAAUGUCACGUGACGCUAAUUCCCCGUCCCCGUUAGAGUCGGAGCA